CGUCGUGGGUGUGCGCUUGCGCGGUGGUGGUUGUGUGGGGACCGCUUCCAACAUGAGCUCCCGAAAAGUUCUGGCUCUGCAGGCGCGCAAGAAACGAAGCCGAAUCAAAAAGGAGAAGAUUCUGAAGAAACCUGAACCUCAACGAAGAGCCCAUCCUGCUACAACAGAAUCUGAAGUGCAAGAGCCAGAGGAUGAAAUUUUGGGAUCUGAUGACGAAGAACAAGAAGACCCAAGUGACUAUUGUAAAGGUGGAUAUCAUCAUGUAAAGAUUGGUGAUCUUUUUAAUGGAAGAUACCAUGUGAUUCGAAAGCUGGGAUGGGGCCAUUUUUCCACAGUUUGGCUAUGUUGGGAUAUUCAAGGCAAAAGGUUUGUUGCCAUGAAGGUUGUCAAAAGUGCAGAACAUUAUACAGAAACUGCUCUGGAUGAAAUAAAACUACUGAAAGCAGUUCGCAAUAGUGACCCCAAUGACCCAAAUAAAGAGAAGGUGGUUCAGUUAUUGGAUGACUUCAAGACUUCAGGAGUGAAUGGAUCUCAUGUCUGUAUGGUGUUUGAGGUAUUAGGGCAUCAUCUGUUAAAGUGGAUCAUCAAAUCAAACUACCAGGGACUUCCUAUCAAUUCUGUCAAAAGUAUCAUUCGACAAGUCCUUCAGGGACUGGAUUAUUUACAUUCCAAAUGCAAGAUUAUCCACACAGACAUUAAACCAGAAAACAUUCUGUUAUGUGUGAAUGAAGCUUAUGUGCGCCGUCUGGCUGCAGAGGCGACCGAAUGGCAAAAGGCUGGUGCUCCUCCACCAUCUGGUUCUGCAGUGAGUACUGCGCCACAGCCAAAACCUGUUGGAAAAAUGUCUAGAAACAAAAAAAAGAAGCUGAAGAAAAAGCAAAAGCGACAAGCAGAAUUAUUAGAGAAAAGAAUGCAAGAAAUUGAAGAGUUGGAACGAGGAGCGAGCAAUAUGCAUAAAGAGCAAGGACUGGAAGAUUGUGAGGAUGGAGCACCAGAAAAUGAAGAGACUCAACGCAUUAUAGCGCAGAUGGAAAAAACAGUCGAUAAUAUGGCCAAUGAAGAAAAAGAUGAAAAUGAGCCACAAGUAAAAGAGCAAGAGCAUUUAGAAGAUACUACUACUGCUGAAAAAAUAAGGACAGAGUCAAUAAACUGCAAUGGACAUGUAGAGGUUGGUCCUCUUUCUGAUCAAGUUAAUAAUGGAGCAGAAGAAAAUAAGGAAGAUAUUAAUCAAAACACAGAUGAUUGUAAAGCUAAGGAACUCUACAGAGCUGGAGACUUUUCCUUCCCUUGUGCUUAUGACAUGUUAAAUGGACUUCUGCAAAAUGGGACAGGCAAGAACCAAAAUAACCAGAAUAACUUUUCAGAAACACGUGGACCUUUAAUAACUGGAAUGUUGGAAUCUAUGACCAAUAAUUUGAACUCAGAUGGAAACACGUUGGAUGAGAAUGAGACCAAGCAAAACAGAAGCAGGGAGGAUUCUGUUUGCAGCUCUGGAGACAACGGAAAGCUGGAUGCUGCCAGUCUGCUUAUCAAUCCUCUUGACCCGCUGAAUGCAGAUGGUAUCCAAGUUAAGAUUGCAGAUCUUGGAAAUGCUUGCUGGGUUCAUAAACACUUUACAGAAGAUAUUCAGACGAGACAGUAUCGGUCAUUGGAGGUUCUAAUUGGUGCUGGAUACAGUUCACCUGCAGACAUCUGGAGCACAGCUUGCAUGGCUUUUGAACUUGCAACUGGAGAUUAUUUGUUUGAACCACAUUCUGGAGAAGAUUAUUCCAGAGACGAAGAUCACAUUGCUUUGAUUAUUGAAUUGCUGGGGAAAAUGCCUCGGAAGCUUAUUCUCGCGGGGAAAUAUUCCAAGGAAUUUUUCACCAAAAAAGGUGAGCUGAGGCACAUCACUAAACUGAAACCUUGGGGGCUGUAUGAAGUGCUGCUGGAAAAGUAUGAAUGGCCACAGGAAGAAGCUGCAACAUUCACAGAGUUCCUGUUACCUAUGCUGGAACUAAUACCAGAGAAACGUGCUACUGCGGCAGAAUGUCUCCGACACCCUUGGCUUAAUUCAUAGCAACCAAAUCCAUAUUUGUUCUGUCCAUAACUUAGUGUAGCACCUGGUUCAUUGUCUUACAGAUACAAAUAUCUGUAUAGACUCCUCCAAUCUUUAGUCAAAUUUUACACAUUUAGUUGAAAAAAUAUACAGGAAACGGGAUUAUGCAGGGGUUUGGAUUACAAAGAAAUAUGUAUUGUCAUUAAUAGUUGCAGAUUGUUAGCUGCUAAUGAACAGUAAUUUAGUCUACAUUCACCAGUUGUGCUGUUCAUAACACGUAUGAUGAGUGCGAGUAUAAAUGAGUAGUUCAAAAUUUACUCCCAAGUCUUUUGCCAAGGAACUGUAAAAUCUACAAAUAUCCGCAUAUAUGGAACUAGAGGCCAGUUGAAGUCUUAUACUCGUACCAAAGAGAUAGCUAGCUAUGUUUUACACAUAGGACAUUGACCAUUGAAUUGGAGAUUAAGGUAUCUUAGUAAAUUAACUGCUUUUGCUUUGGAAUGACUUGUGGCCAGUCUGCAUGCUUUCAAGUCAGCCUGUUUUAAGAUCCAGGCUGAGCAGUGGCCUUUCGACCAUGUUUUUUCUGGUAGGUUGAUGGCUGAGUAACUCAUGCAGUUGAGUGUUUAAGAUAUAUCCAUAUGUACCAGCUUCCCAACUGCCAUUCCUAGAACAGCACUUUAGAAGAAACAUUCUGUCAGUGACUGUUGAAGUUCCAAAGUACUUAUAAGUACUUGAAAUCUCGAGUUUAUUAUUGGAAAAACUAUAAGUUAUAUAGUAGGAAAUUGAUCCUUUCCAUUUGUCCCGUCUGUGUUUAUAUUUACUGCAGAUCUUAGAAAUGAUAACAUUGUAUUUAAAUAUUACUGUUUUCUAAUGAAGGUUUCUCCAUUUUGUGUUUCGUGUAGUAUCUGUCCAGAAAAUGUUUUUAAAAUUUGCUUCACUGCAUAGUCCAGAAAAACCAACUGGAAUUAAUCAUUAAUUUGGUCGUGUUCUACUGCAUUGCAAUGUGGCUUGUUUACCUAAACAGACUAUAUUUCAAAAAAUAA